CGCACGUGAAGGCGGCGAAACUUCAGCCCGGUCGAAAGUCUCUGACGUCGCGGGAGCAGUUGACAAAAAGCUGGAAUCAAAUCAACUGACCCACUUCUUUUUUCACGUUCAGUCAAACUGUCUGUCGGUCGCGUGAGUGUGUGAGACAGUGUGUGUGUGUGUGUGUGAGAGAGAGAGAGAGAGAGAGAGAGAGAGAGAGAGAGUGUGUGUGUGUGUGUGUGUGUGUGUCGUCGCAGCCAUGCACUGCGUGAGAGCGCUGCGUCUGCCCUACUCCGCACAACUGAUCACGACGAACGCAGAUGCGGCGAGGAAGACUCUCAUCGUGGCGCCGGCGCGUCGCCUGAGCUCCGAGGCGACGGCCGCGUCGCGGCGACGAGCGCCCACUCACCUGUGCAGCAGGGGGAGCAGUUCUCUGCACUCCAGCAGGGAUGUACAGUCAAAGCCUCCCAGCUCCGGGGUGAAAGACAUGUUGUUCUACACCAUCACAGAGGGAAAAGAGCAAGUUCCCAUCUCGCACUUCACCUCAGCCCUGAAGAGAACCGGCCUUUAUCCGUCUGACCCUCGUCUGAAGGGCUGCAUGGAGAACAUUCGACAGGCCGUGAAGGAAUCUGCGGGUGAGGCCAUGAUGGACAGGGACCUUUUCCACAGGUGUGUUGGUGGAAACAUCGUCCUGUUGAUCCAGGCCUUCAGGAACAAAUUCAUCAUCCCUGAGUUUGAUGUUUUUGCACACAAAAUAAAUGAAAUCUACAACAGAGUGCAACAUCAAACUGACGGGAAGGUCGCAGACUACAUUCCCCAGCUGGCCAAGUUUAGCCCAGAACUGUGGGGCGUGUCUCUGUGCACAGUGGACGGUCAGAGACACUCAGUCGGUGACACCAAGCUGCCGUUCUGCCUGCAGUCCUGCGUGAAGCCCCUGCAGUACGCCAUCGCCGUCCACGAGGCGGGAACAGAGAGCGUUCACCAUUACGUCGGCAAGGAGCCCAGCGGAUUCAAGUUCAACAUGCUCUCGCUCGAUGAUGAAGAUAAGCCCCACAACCCAAUGGUGAACGCCGGAGCCAUAGUGAUCAGCUCUCUUAUCAAGCCUCUUGCAAAUAAGGCAGAGAAGUUUGACUAUGUUAUGGAGUUCGUGAAAAAGAUGGCUGGCCAAGAAUAUGUCGGAUUCAGCAAUGCCACGUUCCAGUCAGAAAAAGAAACGGGCGACAGAAAUUUUGCCAUUGGAUACUACAUGAAGGAGAAGAAGUGUUUUCCACCGGGAGCAGAUAUGAUUGAUGCCCUAGACUUCUACUUCCAGCUCUGCUCCAUCGAGGUCACCUGUGAAUCGGGGAGCAUCAUGGCCGCCACGCUGGCCAACGGCGGAAUCUGUCCGAUCACGGGCAAGCGACUCCUGAGCGCCGAGGCUGUGCGAAACACUCUGAGUCUCAUGCACUCGUGCGGCAUGUACGACUUUUCUGGUCAGAUGGCGUUUCACGUGGGCUUGCCUGCCAAAUCCGGUGUGUCUGGUGCGAUACUGCUGGUGAUUCCCAACGUCAUGGGAGUGAUGUGUUGGUCUCCUCCACUGGACAGAGUUGGAAACAGUGUCCGGGGCAUCAGCUUCUGUCAGGAGCUUGUGUCGCUCUUCAAUUUCCACAAUUACGACAACUUGAGGCACUUUGUCAAGAAGCAGGACCCUCGCAGGCAGGACAGGGACGACAGGAACAAAUCUGUUUUUAACUUGAUGUUCGCCGCGUGCAGCGGAGACGUGUCAGCGCUGAGAAGGUUUGCUCUCUCCUCCAUGGACAUGGAUCUGAAAGACUACGACUCUCGCACAGCCCUGCACAUCGCUGCAGCGGAGGGUCACGUAGAUGCUGUGAUGUUUCUUACAGAGACUUGCAAAGUCAACCCAUUUGUGAAGGACAGGUGGGGGAACCUGCCGGUCGACGAUGCCGUGCAGUUCGGCCACGACGAGGUGGUGAAGGUGCUGAACGACUACCAGCAGGUCUGCAGCCAGCGGGAGAUGCAGGACGCCACGGCUGAUUCCCAGAAGCUGGACACCAUCGAGGGCUUUGUGUGAUGCUGCAAAGUGUCGCACAGAAUUCUAACGAAUGCCGGGUUCUUUGUAUAUAUUCAAUUCUUCAGCUGUAAAUAAGUGCACUGGAUUGUUGAUACAGAAAAACGUUGUUAAAGAGAGCACUAUAAUAUUUAUACUCAUCUUAACUAUGCAUAAACUUUGAGAAAUUACCAAAGCAAAUUUAUUAUGUAGAGUAUUUUUGACAUUGAAAACAUCCAUUAAACAAUAUUUUUGUUAAAUUAUAUCUUAUCUCCACAGUUUUUUUUUCUCUAGAUUUUUCCGAGGUUCAUCAAAAGCAUCACGCAGUCGGUAAAUUAAAAUAUCAAGCAGCAUCCACCAAAUGCCCGCGACCCGACCCCGGAUAAGCGGUUGAAGAUGAGAUGAGAUGAGAUCCACCAAAUGUUUUUAAAUGCUAUUAUUGGAGGAGUUUGUUUUUCAUAACCAGUGUGGUUUUACUGGCCCUUUUGAUUCAGCCGAUAUCAGCAAACACAGUUGUUGUAGCCAGAAUACACGCGCAUGUCUGGGUUUUGUUUUUGUUAUGUUUUGUUUUUCAUCCACAAGAUGGCACUGUAACCUCAUAAAAUAAAUGUAUGCAAUCUUUACCCACAGCA